GCAGCGAAGAAAAACAGAUCUCCUGUUCUGUCCUCUUCCUCGUACAACCACUUACUUUACAAUUCUUGAUACUGACCCUGCCAGCUGUAGCCAUGACGACCAUGCUGCUGAGAGCGCUAGGAGCACUGCUCUGCUCCUUGGUUGUCACCGUGAGGUUCUGCCCAGGAGACUUCAAUCUGCAGGGGGUUGCAGGAAAGUGGUACCUGAUUGGAUUUGCUACUAAUGCCCAGUGGUUUGUCAGCCACAGGGCCGGCAUGAAGAUGGGCACCGCCAUUCUGACCCCAACUGUUGAAGGAGACCUGGACAUGGCAUAUGCUAGCCUGAGUAAUGACACUGAUGGCUCCUGCUGGAGAAUGAACCACCUGGCUGAGAAGACAAACCUUCCUGGGAAAUUCAUCUUCAAGAGCCAGCGCUGGAAUAAUGAAAAUGACAUGCGUGUCGUUGAUGUUAAGUAUGAUGAGUACGCACUCAUUCACACCAUCAAGACCAAGGGAGGUGUUUCAACUGUGCUCAACAAACUGUAUGCCCGCGGGACAGACUUGAGCCCUGACCUGCUACAGAAGUUUAAGCAGUUCUCCCUGGACACUGGCAUUCUGCCUGAGAACAUUGCUAUCCUCCCCAAAAACGAUGAGUGUCCCGCUGCGUAAUUUCAUCAAUACUCAUCACUUCCAAAGCGUCCUCCCUUGAUCCUUCUGCAUGGCUUUGCUACUUGAUGGGUAGGCAGACACAUGGCAACUGUGGCAACCAGGAACCACCUUUAGCUGCAGUGACCCAUCUGGUUCUGCCUUAACCUGCAGCUACGCUACAUUACCCACUGAAGCCUAGUUUUCCACUCCCCCGAUUUGUUCCAAUAAUAAAAUGCUUUCCGGUGCUUUA